UCUCUUUCACUCUUGUACAACCCUGAAGACACCAUGCAGCAGCCGGACACACUCACACAUGGAUCCUAUCCCACACAGGACGUCGAUCUGCUGCACUUUACCAGAGGGAAACAUGAUUUCUGAUCCAAACACCGAGACAUUUUCUCAUGUGUGUGUGGACGGUUUGUGCUGAGAGGAUCUCUGGAUUUCUGUGCCACAAGGAAAAACCCUCUGUUUGGAUGUUCAGCUGGACCGAGGAGGAUAUCACAGCUAUGCAGGGCCUCGAUUAACUAUGGACCUCUGCACCUUCAGAGAUCAGUGAUGUUAGCUCUGAGCCACUACAACUCCUCAGCCUCCCCACUCCUCCCUCACUUCUCCAAUGACAGUGGAGGGAGGGUGGAGGCCCGGGUGGCCGUCGAAGGGCUGUCGCAGCAGGGGAACUUCACCUUGGUGCAGCCCACCACCAGUGGCGUCAUCGUUGUCGUAUUGUCCAUGACACUGGGCAUCAUCUCCAACAUCGUGGCCCUGUUUAUCCUGGCUAAUGCCUACUGCCUCCAACGCCGGCGCUCCAAAGCCACAUUCCUUCUGUUUGCCACCUCACUCGUGGUAACAGAUUUCGUCGGCCACGUGAUCCCUGGCGCCCUUGUUCUGCGGCUCUAUCUCCAUGGAGGUGUGCGCCCAGAGGACUUUGACAAGUCUGAUGGCAUGUGUCAGUUCUUGGGUGGCAGCAUGGUGUUCUUUGGCCUGUGCCCACUCUUCAUGGGCUGCGCCAUGGCUGCUGAGCGCUGCCUGGGUGUCACAAGGCCUUUGCUACACUCAUCCCUGGUCACCAAAACGCGCACAAAGAUCUGCCUGUCCGUCAUCUGGCUGGCAGCUCUGUGUGUGGCCAUGCUGCCCUGCUUUCACCUGGGCUCUUACGCCUACCAGGACCCAGGGACCUGGUGUUUCAUUAAAGUGCUCAGUGACACUGAGGAGGUGGACGUGGCAUUCGUGGUGCUGUUCUCUGGACUCGGUCUGACCUCGCUCGCCGUGGCGCUGGUGUGCAACACCAUCAGUGGAAUGACACUGGUGCUCGCACGGCUCAGGAGGCAGCCCGGCUCCCAUCGCUCGGCCAAGUCCCACGACAUAGAGAUGGUGGUGCAGCUGGUUGGCAUCAUGGUCACCUCGUGCAUCUGCUGGAGCCCUCUGCUGAUCUUUGGCCUGAUGUCUGUGAUCCACUCCUACACGGGAUCCAUCGGGGACAACCUGUCCAACUACAAAACCCUGAUGGUGAUGGGCGUGAGGCUGGCCACGUGGAACCAGAUCCUCGACCCCUGGGUCUACAUCCUGCUACGCCGCACCGUCCUCCGCAAAAUCUACCUCAUCGCUAAAUGCCAAGUGGGCCUGAGGAGCAGCAGCAUGUUGGGCCGCUGGGAGCCCACGUCUUUCCCCAGCUCAGACAAGAAGGACGUCAACCAUGUGUAAGCUGAGAGGAGGACUGAUAUUAAUACUCCGUGGUUGUGUGUUCUCACCACGUUAUUGAACACAUGAAGAACUUGACAUGAUAAGACAAUUAGACGGAGUUGAAAAGAACCCACUCUGUGGCUGGGAUGGUGGAACAGACCUGUUAAAUGUUAAAUUUGACAUUUCUUAGAUGAUCCACAAAAGGAAAUGUUUUAUGGAUUCAAACUUUCUCCAUCAUACUCCAUCAAAGUUUAUCUGUCAGUUCAACGUCUGAUCUUACGAAUGGAAGCUAGCUAAUGCUGUGAUUUUGCACAAAAUAUCAUAAACUUUGUACAGUUUACUUAUAAUAAGUAAACAUUCCUUAUUGCUAUUAUAUUCCCAUUAGGAAACUCAUAACGACAAGAUGUAGGCAGUAUUAACCACGCUGCAGACGGCUGCAGGAGUGCUAUUUAAAAAAGGGACUGAAUAUUAUCUCAACCUCAUUGUCACCAGCUUUUCACCAGUAUUAAAAGUGUCAUUUUAAGUAUUCUGCUGAAUGUACUGCAUAGAGGAAUGUUAAUAUUCAUAUACUGUGGAGUUUAUGAAUGUCUGAAUAUGCUUUCCAUGUGUUUAUACAGUUUUAUAAUUUUAUAAGU